UUGUUGGACAAGUGUCAUAUAGCUUAUCUAAGUUUGACAAUUCCACUUGUAUGAUUAAGGAAGUUCAAUUUUCCGAAAACAUAAAGCAGAGAAUUGAGUUAAAAUUAGAAAUUAUGAAUGCAGUAAGUCUUGGGAAACCUAAAUACUUGGAUCAAAUGAGAAAUGUGAGAAGGAAUAGGAAAAAUAAAGUCUAGUCAAAAGACCUUACCCUACGUAAAAUGUUGGCCAAGCAAUUCGUUGCCUCAUUCAACCUUUGAGUAUAACCAACAAACUUUGUACAAACAAGCCCACUACACUUAACUAAUCACUAUUUUAUCUCUCUCUUUCUCCUCUUGUUUGAGACAAAAACAUGUGGCCCAUGUUAACUUAGGGUAAUAACAACACGUGUGAUUAACGUUUUCCACAAUAGUAUAAAUAAGCAGGACCAGUUACAGAAAAUGUCACAAGUGAUCGUACUUGUGACAUUUAAUUAGUAGAACAAAUGCACUUUUCUAUGUUAAUUAAUUAGAGAGAAACAAAUUAAGAGAGACAGAUGUAUCAUUCUUCAGUGAACAACAUUUUUGUUGAGGACAAAAAUCAUGUAUCACCUAUUUGCCCUAAGCCUAGAAAACUUGGAUCCAAUACUCUUCCUGAAUUCCUCAAAUCCAUAAAUUCCAAUGAUAACAGCCAGAAGAAUUUAGAUGGAAGAAGUGGGAUUCUCAACAUUGUUGCUGAAAAGACAAAAGAUGGAAGAAAUUCACCAUCAUGUUACUCAGGGUCUCCUCCUGGGAGAACAAGUAAUCCUUUGGUGCAGGAUGUACAAUUUAUUAAGCAGAUGGAACAUUUUUCACCUUUAACAAGAACUAAUUUGUCUGAUAAAUUUGGUUAUACCUCUGUCUCUCCAGCUUGAGAAAAUACACAAACAUCACAAAAAUUUUCUUUUCCACAAUUUUGUUUAAUUUAACAAGGAGAAUGUUAAGAUGUAGGAAAUUAGGUCCAGAUCCCUUUUUGAGGGAAUUACUUUUUUUUUCUUUUUGUGUGGGUACUGUUAGAUUGUGAGGUGAGCAAACGUUUAUGUAAAUAUUAGUAGUACGAUUUUUUUUUAUUAGUAUAGUACGUGUUAACUUUGAAAGUGACUAGCACUUAAGAUAAUUCCCUAUUGUCAAUUCAGUGACAAGUUGUUUGGAUUUUGGACCCGUAAAUGUUUACGUAUUUGAGCAAAUAAUGCCUCGAGUUCUUUUCU